AUGCAACUCCCGUCAAACCUCUCCCUCCUCCUCCCCUUAACCAUCCUCCUAACCACCGCCUCUUGCCAACUCCUCCCCGGCAUAACCGCAUCCCCCUCCCACGCACCAUCCAAACAAUCCAAAAUCGGACCCUGGAAAUGCGACCUCGCUCAAGAUGGAUCUGGUCUGCCGCAACAACCGUAUUGUUGCGAUGAGAAGUCGGUCAAGAGUCGGUAUCAGGAUGGGCGGAUCUUGGGGGUUACUGACUGUACUGCUGUCCCGGCGGAUCAGAAUGUGCAGUGUGCGGCGGCGGCGAAUGUGUGGUGUUGCUACUCGUUGAACGCUAGCGAUCCGAAUCAGGGUGCUGAAUGGGUGUGUACGAGCGUGGCUGAGUGGAAGCCUUCAUGA